AACUGUUGCGAAAAUCCAGCAGCAGCAGCACCAGCAGCAGCAGCACAGAAAAGCCUCCAAUUACCAGCCAGGAAGUUGAUAUUGUUUGCACGUGUUUACAAAUUGCCGGUGUGUAAUUUGAGAACGGUUUUGGAGUAUAAUUAAACCUAAGCCAGUUCUUAAGCAGUUCUUUGCCAGAAUUAUGACCAACUCGAAACGUAAGCAGCCCACAAAGCCCACAUCACCAAACGCGACCACAGAAAACAAAUCGACAACCGCCGAUGAUGUUUCGGACAUGCCCAAAGGGCAGGCAGCUGUGCCAGAGCAGGCAACCCAAGCUGCUCAGUUGUUUAGAGUGUGUUCUGGCCAUGAGCUGGACAACUUUGACAGCUUGAAGAGUUUUACACGCUGGCUAAACCGGCCUGUGGAUGGUGCCGCUUUGGGUGUCUUUCGGAUGCUCUUCGGCGCCGCAAUGCUGAUCGAUAUAGCCGAGGAGCGGGGCGGUGGACAGCUGGACGUGCGCUUUGGUGAGCCGCAACACUGCCACUUUCCGCUGUUCAAUCAGAUUGAGGCCAUGGAAUAUCCAAUGAUGGGCUGCUUGUAUCUGGGAGUGUGGCUGGGCGCAUUGGGCAUUAUGGUUGGGUAUCGUUUUCGCAGCAGCUGCCUCAUGUUUGUGGCUGGUUACUGGUACAUCUUUCUGUUGGACAAGCCGGCAUGGAAUAAUCACAGCUAUCUAUUUGGACUCGUUGGCACAUUGCUACUCUUCACCCAGGCACACAACUACUGCUCCGUGGACAGUUGGUUGAAUCCGCAGCUGAGACAGCCGGUGGCAUAUUGGAAUUACUUUCUCAUCAAGUUUCAGUUCUUUGUGCUCUACAUGUACGCCGGUCUGAAGAAGUUCUCGCUGGAGUGGCUCUCCGGCUAUGCCAUGUCCACUUUGAGUCAACAUUGGGUUUUUGCGCCAUUCCGACAGCUGCUGGACGAGAACCUUAUCGAUUUGCUGAUUAUCCAUUGGUUCACGGCCAUUUUCGAUCUAUCCAUUGCAUUCUUCAUGACGUGCGAGAAGACUCGCCUGUUGGUGACACCAUUCAUGAUAAGCUUCCAUUUGAUGAACUCGCGACUAUUUACUAUUGGAAUGUUCCCCUGGGUCUGCCUGGCAGAGGUGCCACUCUUCUUCAGCUUUGACUGGCCACGACGCUUAUGUCAGCUGCUCAAAAGAUCGCCAGAUGUGAAAGAAAAUAAAGCAACAAUCAGUGAACAAGGUGGACUUAAGGCUCAGCUGCGCAGCUGCAUCAUAAUCAUCUAUUGCAUCCUGCAGCUUUUCCUGCCCUACUCGCACUUCAUCACCAAGGGAUACAAUAACUGGACGAAUGGGCUGUAUGGCUACUCGUGGGACAUGAUGGUGCACUCCUACGACACGGUGCUGAUCUCCAUCAAAGUGAUAGACAAUGACAACCAGCAGGUACAUCAUCUGAAUCCCUAUGCCUUCACCGAAUACGAUCGAUGGACAAAAUAUGCCGACAUGGCUGUCCAAUAUGCCAAUUGCAUUGAGAGGAACAUACGCGACGAGCUGACCAAAAAUCCGGACAGCAGUCCGGUAAAGAGCAGCAACAUUUCCAUUUACUUUGACAUUUGGUGUGCCAUGAACGGUAGGUUCCAGCAGCGCACCUUUGAUCCACGCGUGGAUCUGUUGAAGGCGCCCUGGUCGCCGUUUAAGCAGACACCCUGGUCGCUUCCAUUGCUCACCGAACUAAAUCAUAUGCGUCCAAAGCUCAAAACGAUUGCAGAUGAGGUGCUCGCAUGGAACAACUACUCGGAUGUCGUUUUUGUGGCUGAUUUCCCCGGACUGACGCUGAGCAACUUCAUCGCUCCGGCGCUGUUUAACUGCUCGCUGACGAUACUCGAGGGUAAUGUGCGCUACAAGAGUGACAGUGAGGAGGAGUCAUAUUUCCUAACAGCCGGCAAAAGCAUCAGAUUGGAGAGCAAUGUGACGCACUAUGUGACCACCAUUGGUCAGAAGCCUGCCUCCUAUUUGUACACGUACGUGAACAGGACUAUGUUGGAGCAGGAUAUUGUGAUCGAUGAUGCGGCUCAGCCAAAGGAUCAGCGGCCUCUGUUGCCGUUGUGGAAGGAGUUCAAUCAACGCAUCACAAACUACCAGCAGUUCCUUAAGCAUCUAGCUAAUUGUCUACUAUAUUUGUUAUACGAUGUACCCAUACCAAUUUCCAUACGAGAGAGAGACUAAGAAUGAAGCAGUUGAGAUCAAUUUCUGCCUGCUAACCAACGUAUUUUCUUUGCCAAAGUGUCACAUAUUGUGUGGGUGAUAAAACUGAUAAUAAAUGUUUAAUGUUA